AUGUCUACCACUACUCUUGAUGCGUUGUCUGGGCGGUUCAUCAAGGUCUCAUCCCCAGGCACUCAUAUUGCCCUUGUAGAGCUUUCCCAGAGGGACGUAAGCCAGCCACGUAAUGCAUUUGUCGAGGAAUUCUGGACGGAAUUUGGCCACGUAUUCGACAAGAUCUCGGGCGAGCCCUAUGUGCGGGUUGUGGUGCUUGCAUCAGCGAUUCCCAAGCACUUCUCUGCUGGAAUUGAUUUGGGUGCGCUCGCCAAGCUGAACACAUACGACUCACGACCAGAUAGACGAGCACUUCAAAUACGCGAGUUUAUCACUUUGUUCCAAGACUCAAUCUCUGCUAUCGAGCGUUGCCCAUAUCCCGUUAUAGUUGCGGCCCAUGGAACAGCAAUCGGUCUUUCUCUUGAUAUCAUAAGCGCGUGUGAUAUUCGGUAUGCUGCAUCGAAUGUGCUCUUCUCUAUCAAGGAAGUGGAUAUUGGGCUGGCCGCAGACAUUGGUACCCUCGCACGGCUACCGAAGAUUUCAGGUAACCAAAGCCUGGUGCAUGAAUUAGCAUAUACGGCGCGCAACUUCUCCGCCGCGGAGGCACAGCAAAUUGGCCUCGUAUCGCGUGUCGUGGAGGGAGGCCGGGAUGAAGUCCUGCAUGUUGCGAUGGAGACUGCCACGAUGAUAGCAAGCAAAUCCCCGAUCGCAGUACUGGGGACGAAGCGUCUCCUAUUACAUUCGCGAGAUCACAGUGUAAAGGAAAACCUGGAAUAUACCGCAUUAUGGAACAGUGCCAUGCUACAGACAGAGGAUAUAAAAGAAGCAAUGAAGGCAGGAAAGACGAAGCAAAAACCCUCGUUUUCACAGUUGGCAAAACUUCCGUCCAAGUUAUAG